AUGCUAUUUUUCUACCUUUGCUCCUCGUUUGUGUUGCUGUCCGCUUUUGUUAUUCUGAAGAAGAUUAAAAUUAGACAAAAGUUCAAAAUGGGUGGCUGGUUGAGUUAUCUAUGGUGGGGCGGUGACCCCGACCUGGUCAACCCCAUAUCAGGCCUGACCAGAAGAGAAGUGUAUGCCGUGCAACAAUCCUGGGCCCCUGUUUACGUAGACUCAGUAGCGAAUGGGACAGAAUUAUUAAGAAGAUUAUUCCAAGCGUACCCAGAGACAAAAGAUUUCUUCAAAAUGGUGAAGAGAUCUUCGGAAGAAGAGUACGCCCACAACCCCCAGUUCAGGGCACACGUUAUAAACCUCAUGUCGUCGAUUAAUUUGGCGGUCACGAAUCUAAACCAACCGGAAGUGGUAGCCGCCAUGAUGAACAAAUUGGGAGACUCACACGGAAGACGGAAAAUACAGGAGCAACAUUUUCAUGCCCUGAAAAACGUGAUAGUCAAAAUGUUCAUAGACGUACUAAAACUGGAUAGCAACACGCUCGGCGCUUGGGGCAAAACAGUGGACUUCUGGUACAAACACAUCUUCGAGACCUUAGAGACAGAGUCCAGAUAA